UAAACCACACAGUGACCUAUUGAACCAAGCUAUCUCCACGCAACUGCAAACAAUUGAAUGCGCCCCUGUAAUUCUAUAGCACCGAAGCUGGCUUAGCUUUAUAGAGUAUACCUCUCCAUGUAAGCUCAGCUGAAUAUGGCUUGAAUUUGGCCAUUUUGCAUUUCUCUUGGCUCUUUUUUUUUGUCAUUUUGAAAAAUGGUGGAUAAAAAGUCUUAUGAGCAGUUGGAUAAGAUUCAAGAAUUGGUGAAGCUUGUGAUAAACCAUGUAGAUCCAGACGUACCACAUCGUCCUGCUCAGGAUCGUGUGAAGAUGAAUCAGCUUCAGAAUCUCCUUCAUGAUGCUCUGAUAGCAACGGGUCAUGUAGAGAACUGUGCUAUCGUCAGGAGGAAAGAUAUCUCACUCAGAGCAAGCUCAGCUGGAUUUACGCUCUCUGGUGAUGAGAUGCAGAAGCUGAUAGAUGCCUUCAAAGACCCUCCUAGAACCAGACAAGAAGGGCUCUACUUCCAUGAUAAACUCUACAAGUGUGUCAGAGCAGACAAGAACUCCAUCUAUGCUAAAUGUGACAAGGUUGGUAUGGUGCUAGUCAAGACUGCCACUCUAGUCAUCAUGGGCACAUAUUCAGAUAACAUGUACUCAAGUGUGUGUGUAGAAGCCAUUGAAAAGCUAGCAUCCUACUUCAUAGAGAAGAGCAAAUGAGAAGACUGUUUCAUCUCAGUCAAUAGAGGGAGCGCUCACUCCAUCCAUGAAGAUUACUGUGCCUUCUAAGAACCAAGUGUCUUUAUUACACAAGGCUGUUUCUGUGGAGUACUUAUGAAGAAAUGUCUGGUUUUCCUUAAAGCCCCACUGCACUAGUUUGGCCAGGAGGGAAUAUACCUCCCUGUAUGGUCACUGACAGGUGGUUAUAUCAUCAAAUCAGCUUUCAAUUAACAU